CUCCACGUACCGUGUGGCUAAUCCAACUUUUAACCAGACCAGAUAGAUGAACUUAGUUCAAAGAAACGCUCCCAUGUUUGUUGUUUAAUUUACAUCCUCAAGUUCUUAAACAUUAGAGAGACAAACCCCACUUGGUAUUUUUUUUCAUCCACAAGCUAUUCCAUCAUAAUUUGUGGAUUUUAGCGAUGCAUGCAUUUGUAUGAGAAUCAAACUUAUUGAGAAACCCCACUUCAAAAUGGCUUUCUUAAACCCCACAAAAGGCCUCAACCAUGUCUUGUCCCCCAAAUUGGGAAAGAACCCAUAUCUUUCAACAUCUCACCUCCAAAAAAGCAGAGCAACGAUUUCAUCAUUUUUCUCACCUUAGUGCACCUAAUAGCUCCACAUUAUGAUACACCACUAUACUCAAAAUUCUGAUUAGAUAUAUUGAAACUGUUUUAGUCUGCAAGGCGCCGAAAAAGUAAAGGUUUGUUCAUCUUUUUCAGAAAAAAAAAAAGAGGAUGUUAUGGACCUAUGGAAUCUGUAUUUGAUGAAGAAUUGUUUCUGUCACAAACCUCUCAUUUGUCUCAAAACAGGAUGGGAGUGAAACAAAAGGCAGAAGACUUUUCCAGAAAACGAUAAGAUCGGAUGACUGUGAAUGAGAAGGAUUUUCCUGCUUUUCCUUUGUGCGAAUGAAUAAGUUCAUUUGAA